AUGACUAGUUUUUCUUCUUUUUGUUUAUUUUUCCUAAUAACUGCAGCUUAUAUAACUCUAAGGUGUUUCAACAUGAAAAUUAUCGGAGGAAGAGAAGUAUCACCCCAUUCCAGGCCAUUCAUGGCUUCCAUCCAAGAUAAGGGCAACCAGAUUUGUGGAGGUGUGCUGAUCCAUCCACAGUGGGUACUGACAGCAUCCCAUUGCCAUACUAGGUCUGCCAGAGACAAGUCUUUCAAAGUGGUUUUAGGAGCACACUCCCUCUCAAAGAAUGAGGAUUCCAAACAAACAUUUGAUAUUAGAGAAUUCAUACCAUUCCCACAAUUUGGUUCAGAUCAUAAAGCGAAUGAUAUAAUGCUGGUUAAGCUUCACAGAGCCGCAAAACUCAACAAACAUGUCCAGCUGGACAUGAUUCAAAAUGAUAUUAGAGCUGGAACAAAAUGCCAGGUUAUUGGCUGGGGAACUAUAGACCCUGAAGUCUUAAUUCCCUCUGAUACUUAAUUCCCUCUGCAAGAAGUCACUGUUACCAUCAUCAAUAGAAAACGUUGCAGCAGCAGGAGUUAUUACAACCACAUGCCUACGGUAACUAAAGAUAUGUUAUGUGCAGGAGAUGCCAGAGGCGGGAAAGAUUCCUGCCAGGGUGACUCGGGUGGCCCGUUGGUCUGCAAAGGCACCUUCUCUGCCAUAGUAUCUGAAGGUCAUGAAUGUGGGAAUGCCCAAAAAUCUGGGAUCUAUACCCUGUUGAACAAGAAAUACCAGGGUUGGAUCAAAAGUGUAAGGGCCUGA